CAGCAUGGCCGAAAAACCCCAAAUCCAGCUCUUCAUCAAGGCAAGUGAGGACGGGGAGAGCAUAGGACACUGCCCCUUCUGCCAGCGGCUCUUCAUGGUGCUGCUGCUCAAAGGGGUGCCCUUCACCCUCACCACUGUGGACGUGAAGAGGGCACUGGACGUGCUGAAGGACUUCGCUCCAGGUGCCCAGCUGCCCGUCCUCCUCUACAACGGCGAGCCCAAGACUGACACCAUCACCAUCGAGGAGUUCCUGGAGGACCAGCUGAGCCCCCCCCUGUGCCCCAGUCUGGUCCCACAGUACCCAGAGUCAAGCCUGGCUGGGAAUGACAUUUUCCACAAAUUCUCUGCCUUCAUCAAGAACCCGGUACCUGCCCAGGAUGAGGCGCUGCAGCGGAGCCUGCUCCGGGCCUUGCUGAAGCUGGAUGAGUACCUGAGUGCCCCUCUGGAGCACGAGCUGGCCCAGGACCCCCACCUCCGGGUCUCCCAGCGCCAUUUCCUUGAUGGAGACCACCUCACACUGGCUGACUGCAACCUGCUGCCAAAGCUCAACAUUGUUCAGGUUGUGUGCCAGCACUACCGCCGCUUUGGGAUCCCCAAGGACUUGCGGGGCGUGUGGCGGUACCUCAACAGUGCCAGUGAAACCAAGGAGUUCAAAUACACCUGCCCCAAUAGCCAGGAGAUCAUCCAGGCCUAUCGUUCCGUGGUCCGGCCACCGCAGUGAGCUGGGCACGUGCCCUGGUGGGUUCCAAGGCUCGGGUCUGGCAGGAGGUCAGCACCCACCCUGCCCCCGCCUGCAGGGCUCAGGAGAGCUCUGCCACUUGCACCCAAAUUCCCUCCACUGGCACACAGGUGCUGGCAACAAUCUGCAGCGCACUCAGCCCCUCUUGUGCCACCCACCCUUCCUCACAACCAGGACAAGCUCUGUGGCCCCUCGAGCAUCAGGAUGAGGGCAAACGGGCAUGGCCAUGGGCACCAUCGGUGCCAUAGCUGUGCCCAGCUGAGGGCAGGGGCAGAGUUGGGGACAGCAAGCUGCCCUGCAGCCACUUGCACAGGCAGGCAGACUGUGUCACCCACCUGGGCAGCAGGCACCACAGGGUGCCCUCACACCUGCACCAGGUAAGAGGACCUGGCACAGGAUUAGAGACCUAUGAAGGGAGCUGGAGGGGGAUAGCACAGGUAAUGGACACAGGUCAGUUCCCCCCCCCAGUUCCACUAUUAGGAAGCUCUCAACAGACUUGGGGGUUGUGAAGCAGGGAAAGCACAAGUUAAGCUUCAGAGUU